GAAGUUUGACAUCUCUAGUGAAAAGUGCAAAAAAAUAAUCCGAAAAAUUCUUCUUUUUAGCAAAUAGACCUGCGUCCACUCAGAAAAAGUCACAGAAUUUAUUAUACUUAAGUAGCAUUAGCGGGGAGCGAAGGCUCAGGUGGCCCGAAUAGCCCAACAACAGAUUCGGGCGCCCAUUAAACAGAAUUUCCCCUCCUUCAGACACACUUACCAACACACACUCAUGAAACACACACGCAAGGCGGCAUUUUCCUUUUGCAUUUUCUUGGGCGUUCAUUUAGAUCACACCGUAGUUUGUAGCUCUAGGUUUAGUUUGAUUGCCUGGUAAAGGAAACACAAAAAUUACUUUCUGUAUUCUGCCUCAUUACAUUGUACUGUGUCGAAUCGAAAACCGAACAAAACAAACCCCUUUUCCAAAUGACCAACAUCCAGAGCAUAGAAAAUGUGGCAGACUGCACGCCUCUCUACCUGCCGCACAGCUUGUACCUCAAGCCGCUGGCCAAAAUGCAAAUCUCCGUAUCACUGCCGCCGAUCAAGACCGGAAAAUCUGUAUCCAACCUGGAGAUAAUGGACAAACUGGGCGUCGAGCUAAAGCCGGACAAGUUUCUGCUGCUCAAAGUAUCCAAGAGCACAGUGAACACAAUCCGUUUGGAAGCCGAGCUCGAUGAGCGCAAGCGUCUGCGGACAGCCAUCCAACGCCUGGACGGCAUUUCCCUACGCAUAUCUGGCUUCAGUGAGUCGUUCCGAGUGCGCUGCACAGAGCACAAGGAUGACUUCCCCACGCGACACGACUGGGACUCCUACUUCCGGGAUGCCCGCAACAUGGACGAAAUGAAGGCGGGCGAAAGGCCGGACACCAUUCAUCUGAGUCACCUGCCCAUGCGUUGGUUUUGUCCGCGGCACUCGGAGCAUGAGGAGCACGUCAAGCCCAGCGAGAGCAUCUUCAAGCGAAUCUUCGAGAAGUACGGCCGCGUCCGAAUGGUGGACAUACCAAUCUGUGACCCGUACCGAAAGAGCAUGCAGGCGGAUAUCAACGGCAUGCGCACUUUCAGUUUCGAGCAGGAUGUCCUCUUUGAAGCAUAUGUACAGUUUGAGGAGUAUUCCAGCUUUGUGCGUGCCAUGGAUGAGUUUAGGGGCACUAAGUUGGUCCGAAAGUUCGUGGACAAAACCCAGGCCAUCAACAUUUGUGUCACCUUCGACAAGCAGAAGCACCUCAGCGACUCGCACGUGCAGCGCAGAGAACGCAUGCGGAAGAAAUGCAUCGCAAAAGCCCAGGCUGAGGACGAAGAGCGGGAAAAGCUAAAAAAGCAGCAGGAAGAACAACUGGAACGCGAAAGGCAAAAGCAAGAAGAGUUGAAAACAGCGGAAGCAGAAAAGCAGCGUGAACGCGAAGAAAAGCGGAAAGAAAAGCAUCUUAAAAAGAUCCAGGAGCGAGGCCAGGUGGAAAUAUCGCAAAAGAUACGCAUCGAAGAACGGAAGCUGAUGAUAGCCCAACGCAAGCUGGAGAGUAUACGCACCCUGGAAAAGCUAUUCGAACGAAUACAGCUGAAACAGAAGGACAAAAACCGUCGAGCCAAACAAGAUGAAGUCAAGGACAUCCAACGUGGCCGUCUGGUCGAAAAAUACAAGGCUGCUACAGAGAAGCUCGUCUGUGAUCAGCGAAAAAUUGUGCAGGACAUUAAAAGCAAUACUCCAUUAAUGGGUCUUCUUAAGAGCAAAUCCAAAAAGAGUUCUGCGCCCAUGGACGCAAGCAGCGAUGACGAAGUGGCGGCCAGUAAAAGGCACAAAUUAGGCAAUGGUAUAACUGACUCUGCGACAGCAACCGACGUUAACGCAGCACUCAACCCGUUGAAAGCGGUAGCAGCAAUGGCCGCUGUCCCAGGAGCUGGUGCCUACAGUGCCGAAGCAGCCAGCGAAUGGAUGCAGUCCCUCUCGAUGUUUGGAUACGGCUUGCCAGGUGUAUUUCCUGGAGCUCUAUACCGUCCACCAGCUCCGUUUCCCGUAUCCAGCAACUAUAGAGGCUUCGCCCCGCGUCCUCGAGGUCGCGGAAGGGGUCGUGGCAUCGGGAUGAGAGGCGGUCGUUCCGGAUACGACUCCUAUUACAAUUCCAAGCAUGAUCGCUACGAUGACGAUGGCGACAAUGGCUACUACCACAAGCCGUCGCGGGGCAGAAAUCGCUCCCGUUCUUCAUCUUCGUAUUCAAGGAGUAGAAGUCGUUCCCGGGGACGUCGUGUUGUUUGUCGUUCUAGGCGCUCGAAAUCGCGAAGUCGGUCACACUAUCGAAAGUCAUCCUACUCAUCAAGAUCCAGGCGCAGCCACAGCCGAUCUUCGCGCAGCCGCAGCAAAUCGGCGUCACAGCGCAAGAACCGCAAACUGGCAUCAACGCGCCGAUCUCGAUCCACCAGCUAUUCUCGAUCGCGUUCCCGCUCUCACUCCCGGAGGCGCUCCACUUCGCGCCGUGAUCACCGAAGUCGUCAUCGCAGCAGUCGUAGCAACAGCAGAAGUCGCAGCCAUACACCGAAGGAUGUGAAACUUGAGGCGGACAAGUUGGUCGCGUCAGCGGAGAAAAUACAGCGAACCAUCGAGCAGCAUACCAAGGAUCGGAUGCGCGAGGAGGAGCGCGAAAUCAAGGAAAACUUCAGACAUGCCCGUACCAACAGCCACAACAGCAACCAGGUCGACGCACAAUUGCAGGAGGAAUCCAGCGAUAGACGUGACAGCAUCAGCAAGCGCAGCAGUCGCCGCAAUUCACUGGCUGCCUGAAACAUAUUCAUUAGUUUAGUUGUUAGUAAGAGUUCCGAAAAUAAAGAUAUCAAAGUUGUUCCCCUUGAA